UCGAGUUCGAAGUUGUGUAGGAGGAGGUGAGGAUGGAGGCGACGGUGAAGAAAUACCAGCAGAGGUUCAGGAAGGUUAGGGACGAGAUGGAGACCUGGGCCCACCUUCAAUCUCUCUUGAUUUCCCAGUUCAGAAUGGCCUCCUCCAUCAUCCUCAGGUUGCAGGUGCUUCAAGAUUCAACCAACUACGGUGGUGGCUUGAAUGGAGUUCCCCAUAUUCAAGAGGCUGUGCUGCUCAAGCAGAUGGAGUCAUUGCAAAAUCGCUUGCUUUCCAUGAACAACACCAUGGAUCAGUUUCAUGCUAUUGUGUUGUCUCUUGGGAGGAUUCAUCGUGAUGGUAGGCAGAUGGUACAAGGUGGUUCUAGUCAGCUGAGUGUCAAACAACUGCAGCAGCGAGUUGGUGUGAAACCCAGUCUCGCCGAUUGCGUAGAUGGGCUCAUGCUUCUUCAGGACAUGCACUGCUCUGAGUACCUUUUAAAGUCAUCAUUGGUUUCAGCACUAUCAGAACUUACUUUGAAACCCAGUGCCAGUGAUCUGGGUUCCCUCCAGCAGAUCUUGAUUGAUCAGCCCAACAUCCCCAAGGAGGAAGUUCAAUUCAUCUUUGAUAUCAUAUUUGCUGAAGAAAUUUGUUGAUCCUUUUCGUGACAUGAGCUGCAAAUUUUCCUAGCUCUGGAAAUGGGGACUUCAAAGAAAGCAGGUACCUUUAGAUUUCAAAGAGCGAUGAGGAAAGGAAUGACAGUUGGGUUCCAAGGUGCUAGCAACAUUCAUUUCUGGAAGUGCACAAGACGAAGACGAGCAAUUUACCUGUAAUCUCUAUGCAAGUGAUUUGAUCGAGCAGAAUGUUAGAAUCUUUUCUGUUGUUUGCUCCCCUUGAAGAAGAUUUUGUUUCAAUGCAUUUUGCUGAAGAAGGGGGUUUUGCAUUAUUCUUGUUUUCACUCACGUGAGAAGAGAAUUUUGAUGAGGUCAAGAUAAGCUUGAUCCAGUCCAAGUCACUUUGACCAAUAGAGAUUUCCAUUCAAUGAAAUUUGCCUUCUACUAUUCUUUAUA